AUGUCGUCUGCACAGCGAGCAUUCGCUUCCAAGUUGACCAAACACAAUUCUUCGGAUAUUCGUAAGAACGUGGCGAACUACCAGCUGCUAUCGAAAAGCGACAGCAGCUCUGUAUGCUCGUCAUCGAUAUCAUUGUGCGAUCUCGUUGAACCGAUCGAUUAUGAGGAGUUUCUGGCUCAACAUAGCAACCUCUUGCAGAAAGAUCACCUUCGAUCGAUCCUGGACUUUCCAUCCGGAGAUGUGCAAGUGAGGAUAGUGCCGCGUAAAAUACGUACCAUCGAACAUGUUAUUCCGAAGGAACCCUUGGAGGAAUUACCCCUGUACGUGCAGCACUGUGUCGACUGCUUCACAAGGCCUUGGAAGGUGGUAGAGUUCUCGGCAAGGCAUCACUCCAGCUCGUGUAGCACUCGUGAGCGAAAGGAAAAGGGUGCGCUAAGUCCCACAUCGUACCAGCAAGAAUUUGAAAUAGACCGAGAUUUCAGCAAUUUGGUAUCGUUGGAUGAAUCGGUCACCUCCACUACUUUGUACGCCAGUGAAAGCUGCACCCCUAGCAGUCGCCAGUCGAUUGCUAGCCUUUCGUCUGUGUCCACCUGUACCGAUACGCUGACUCCACGUGGAUCGUGGGCAUCGUUUGACCUGAGAAGCUCGGUCAAUGACCCGCUCAUUACCGGUGUUUUGGAACGGGUACCACCGGAAAGUGUUGACCAGAGCAAUGAAAGCAAACGGCAGGAGGAACGCCAACAGGCCUUAUUUGAUUUGUACGCAGAUGGCGAAAUGGAGGAGUCCAUUGAGAAACGAAUGCCAGCAGAGAUGCCGAUGGAACAUUUGGGUAAUCGAAUCCACGUGAAAUGUCUUCAUCUGAAGCUGGAGCUAGAAGUAGAGCCAAUCUUUGCUUCUAUGGCUAUAUACGAUGCUAAAGAGAAGAAAAAACUGUCAGAAAACUUCUACUUUGAUAUGAACCCGGAGUCAUUGCGGCGUAUGUUGGUGAACCAUGUACCUUUUGCUGAUAUCAGCACACAGGCUCGCGAAGCAAUCUUCGAUAUUACGAAUCCAAGCAAUGAACUCUACCUCGUAAUCCGGUUGGAAAAAGUGCUUCAAGGAGAUAUCAAAGACUCGGUGGAACCAUAUUUGAAGGAGGACAAAGAUAAAUAUAAAGAUAAAGCAAAGUCGAAUGCCGCCGAUUACUGCGAACGACUUGGAAAGUACCGAAUGCCUUUCGCAUGGACCGGUAUCUAUUUGACUAGCAUCUUCAAUGGAGAUGGCAUGGAAAAGGAUGAUCGUGAAAGCAUUGGUUCGGCGUCGAGCUCGAACAGCUUGGAUCGUAAAUCUUCUACCAGCAGCUUCGAUCAGUUCCGGAAAAGGGCCAGCGAUAUGGGGACGCUUACAAGGCGCGGAUCAUUGGAAAGGAAGAUGGAAAAGCGUCGUUCCUGGUCGCCGGAUGAUUUUGCCAACAGCAUUGAAACUUUUCGUCCGAUCACGAUCACCGUGGCGAGCUUUUUCAAGCAAGAAUCAGAUAAAAUGAAGGACGAGGAGUUGUAUAAGUUUUUACCGGAAUUGAAACGCCCGGCCGCACUGAUGAAGAAGCACAAAUGUAUACCGGGUUCGAUAAAAGUGGAGAUUGCUCCGGCCCCGGAAGAGCUUAAAUAUGCGUUGACACCAGAGUUGGCAAAAAUCGACCCAUAUCCCGAUGAUCAUUCUCGUCCAGUAAAGGAAAUUUUAGAAUUCCCAUCAACACCGGUACUUAAUCCGCAUUACGCUUACCGUAAUUUACUUUUUGUCUCAACGAAGGAGCUAAACUUUUCAACACGUGCUGGUUCGGCUCGUAACAUAGCGGUGCGCGUACAGCUAAUGGGCGGAGAAAAGCAAUCCGAUGCGCUUCCCGCUAUAUUUGGAAGGAGCUCGUGCUCCGAAUACAGUACGGAGGCUUACAGUGCUGUCAACUACCACAACAAACAGCCAACGUUUUACGAUGAGAUUAAAAUUGAACUUCCGGCGAAUUUGAAACAAAACCAUCACAUUCUUUUCACACUGUUCCACGUUUCCUGUCAGAAGAAACCUCAGGAAGUGCAAACCACCGUUGAAACACCGGUAGGAUACACCUGGCUGCCUGUACUAAAGGACGGAGGCCAUUUAAAUGUGGGAGAGUUCAAUUUGCCUGUAAUGGUUGAAGAGCCACCGAACAACUAUUCCUUCAUUCCGCCUGACGUUCAACUGCCUGGCACCAAGUGGUUGGACAACCACCGACAAGUAUUCUCCGUUACGAUCGAUGCCGUUACAUCCGUUCACGCACUGGAUGAUUAUUUGGAUAAGUUUAUCUACCUUUGCGAAUGUUUGGAUAUGCGCAAAGUUCCACCGCGAAUCGGCGAAGGAAACAUGGAGAAGGAGUUUAAGAAAACGUUGCAGGAAUUACAGAGUGCCGACCAAGAGCAAUUAGUGAAGAAUCUGCAAGUAAUACUGGAUAAGCUGAUCGAGUUGUUGGUAACGAGCUAUAAAAUUGGUGGUGAAGCAUUGUCCCUCGGUCAAACAGUAUUUGAAACUAUUUGCCAGAUAUCGGAUAAGAUAUUCUUCCUUCAGCCUGAAGAACGCUACGGACGACAAAACAUACUUAGCACUUACAUACAAUUUCAAUGCAAAAUUCCGCAUCCUAUGGAUCCGAAGUGUAAACUGGCCUCACUGCAAAUGCCAAUUCGCCGCCCUGCGUCGGCUGAAGAAAUGAAUCGUAGCACAAGCAAUUCCGAUUUGCUGGCACUUACGGAUCUAAAUGCAAGUCGUACCGUUGAUCGUGCGCUAAGCAUGCGAUCGGAUGGUUGUUCUCCAGGAUCGGGUGUUAAAGAUGGUUUGGUACGACUGUUGCACGAAGAAAUCGCUUUAAACUGGGUAGUAGCCAGUGGUUCUGCAGCCGAGCUAUCCAUGACUAAUUCCUGGAUGUUGUUUGAACUGAUCGUGAAAAGUAUGGUAGAACACUUGGAGCUAACGAAUGCAUUGAAUUCUCCUCGUAAAAGUCGCUUCCCGCAUCAGUACACGGACGAUAUCGCCACACUGGUGCAUCUGGUUACGACCAAAGUAGUCGGCUACAAUAGUAGCGAUCCAAAACUAGCUCAAUCGAUAAACUCCAGCUUAGCGUUCUUCAUAUUCGAUCUGUUAAGCAUCAUGGAUCGUGGCUUUGUUUACGGAUUGAUCAAGACGUACUAUAAGGUGAUCAUGACAAAGAGCUCAUCUACUCCGGACAUGAUUCACUAUAAGCUAGACUUUUUGCGAAUCGUUUGCAGUCAUGAGCAUUUUGUGGCGUUAAAUCUUCCCUUUGGUACCCCGUAUACGGUUCUUUCUGCACCGUGUAGCCCCACUCCAAGCAUUACAUCGAACAACAGUCAAAACUCGUACAUCAGUGCCAUGACUGGCAACGAUCGUGCGCUGUACGCUGAUUUGAGCGUCGAGUUCCGACAGCAGCAUUUUCUGGUAGGUUUGGUUCUGCAAGAACUCUCUAACGUGCUGGACAUUUCAAACACACAACUUCACGGGAAAGCAAUUCGUUGUCUGAGAAAUCUCCUGACUUCGCAUGAUCUGGAUCCCCGCUAUAGCGAGGUCGAUGCAAGAGCACGCGUUGCCGCUCUCUAUCUUCCCUUGCUGGGAAUUGUCAUGGACGUAAUACCACAACUGCAUACCCCCGUGUCACAAUCGCACGAUCGUUUGAACACGAUUGGGCAACUGGACGAUUAUCAAGGCCCGGCAGCUUCUGUCCCGGCGACUAGUACGAUCAGUCCGGAGGUAGCAUUUGCCAUCUCCGGAAUCCGUCGCUACAGCUACGUUUCGGAAACACCUAAACCAAAAACGGUACUAACAAACGAUACCCGCAACUUGCUGGCCUGUUUUCUGUGGGUAUUGAAGAAUCUAGAACCAACCACUCUGAUCAAGUACACGAUGGGUUUAAGCCCGCAUCGUGUUCAUCAAAUGUUACAGGUGUUGAAUAUCUGUAUACCAAACUUUGAGUAUCGCGGUAAAAAGCAACCCACCAGCACAUCCAAACGAAACACUUCGAGCUUCCGUAAAACACCCGAUAUGCGCGAAAAGUUAGAAGAAUUUAUUCGUGGCACGGGAUCAGCAAGAAACGAUCUGAUCAACCGCCGUAAAGAUGGGCGCAACUCGACGGAGAAGCUUCGCUGGAAGAAGGAUCAAAUUCGGACUCAGUUUUACGACAGCAACAUUAAGAAUGAGGCAGAGUUGGAGAUAAGCAAUUUCAUCGAAGGAUCUCUGGCGACCGAGGUGUGUUUAACCAUUCUGGACACAUUGGAAAUGAUCGUGCAGGUAGCGUCCUCUUCCGAAAUGCACCACAAUCUGCUGGGGACGGUACUGAAAGUGUUGCUACAUGCGCUGUCGCGCAAUCAGAGUACGUUGGCGCUACAAAAUCUAUUUGCUUCCCAGCGUUCACUGGUAUUCAAGUACCAUAAUUUGCUGUUUGACGAAGAAACAGAUAAUUGUGCGGAUCUUUGUUUGCUGCUGCUGAAACAUUGUGGUUCUCAGCUGCCUACCGUGCGAUCGCAAGCAGCGGCAUCGUUGUAUUUGCUUAUGCGUCAAAACUUUGAAAUUGGAAAUAACUUUGCUCGCGUUAAAAUGCAGGUCACUAUGUCACUAAGCUCUCUCGUGGGCACCAGCUCGUCGUUUAGCGAGCAGUCCUUGCGGCGUGCAUUGAAAACGAUUCUUGUCUACGCGGAAUCUGACACAGAUCUACAGGAGACAUCCUUUCCCGAGCAGGUGCAGGAUUUGCUAUUUAACUUACACAUGAUUCUCUCCGACACCGUAAAAAUGAAGGAAUAUCAAGAGGAUCCUGAAAUGUUGCUCGAUCUCAUGAACCGUAUUGCUAAGGGAUACCAAAAUUCUCCAGAUCUUCGCCUCACGUGGUUGGAAAACAUGGCGAAGAAGCACACGGAGCGUGCGAAUCACACGGAAGCGGCAAUGUGUUACGUGCACAGUGCCGCUCUUGUAGCCGAGUAUCUUAGUAUGCUGGAAUCUCAAACUCACCUACCGGUUGGUGCCGUCUCGUUCAAGCACAUUUCCCCGAAUGCCCUAAUGGAAUCAGCCGUUUCGGACGAUGUUGUAAGCCCCGGAGAAGAUGGAAUAUGUCUCGGUAACAGCUUCACUGAAGGAGGCCUAAAGCUACUGCUCGAUCAUGCGGCCAGCGCAUUCCAGGCAGCCGGCAUGUAUGAAGCGAUGAACGAUGUUUACAAGGUGUUAAUACCGAUUUGUGAAGCCAACAGAGAUUUUCGCAAAUUGGCUCAAAUACACGGCAAACUGUUGGAGGCCUUCAACCGCAUUGCUCAGUUGCAGGGCAAGCGUGUGUUCGGAACGUACUUCCGCGUAGGCUUCUAUGGCGCAAAGUUUGGAGAUCUCGAUCAGCAAGAAUUCAUUUAUAAAGAACCGACACUCACAAAGCUGCCGGAGAUUUUCAGUCGAUUGCAAAAUUUUUACGCCGAUAGAUUUGGCCCGGACGUGGUACAAAUCAUUAAGGAUUCGAAUGCAGUUGAAGUCGCGAGCCUGGAUCCUGAAAAGGCCUACAUACAAAUUACGUACGUGGAGCCGUACUUUGAGACAUACGAACUGCGGUACAGGGAAACGUAUUUUGAACGCAACUUUAACAUAAAACGUUUCAUAUUUGCUACGCCGUUCACGAAAUUCGGAAAAGCACAUGGCGAUUUGCAUGAGCAGUGUAAACGCAAAACUAUUCUAACCACCGCAAACCACUUCCCGUAUGUUAAAACUCGCAUACAAGUAGUGCAUCGGCAUCAAAUCGUACUGGAACCCAUCGAGGUGGCUAUCGAAGAUAUACAGAAAAAGACUGCCGAACUCGCUGCCGCUACCAAUCAGGAACCGGCGGAUCCAAAAAUUUUACAAAUGGUGCUUCAGGGUUGCAUUGGUACCACCGUCAAUCAGGGCCCAAUGGAAAUGGCUCUCGUGUUUUUAUCGAACAUCGCUAAUGGUAACACGAUACCGACCAAACAUCAAAAUAAGUUGCGACUGUGUUUCAAGGAUUUUUCAAAAAAAUGUGCCGAUGCGCUUAAAAAGAAUCGUAAUCUUAUUCUAUCUGACCAAAAGGAUUACCAAAAGGAACUGGAGCGAAAUUAUCAGGUAUUUACAGAGCGACUAGCUCCAUUGAUUACUAUUAGUCCGUCCCAGGCCCAGGGAUUGGUAGCAGUGAAGAACGACCUACACAAUAAUAACCGAUUGACCUGUACCCUUCGGUUCUAA